UUACGGCAACCUCCUGUUAAACGUUUGCGGCUAAGAGGGGAUUGGUCAGAUACUGGACCAAGAGCAAGGCCUGAGAGUGAACGAGAAAGAGAUGCUUCUGAGGUCAGAGCUCCCCUGCCUGGAGUACAGGAAGGAAAUGAGGGAUCCCGGGAGGGGUCAGAGACCUGCAGUGUGGAAAUGAGGAUAGACAAGGGCAUUGGGGUCAGAUUGAGGGGGGAGCAAAGUCCUAAUGUCUCUCUAAUGCAGAGGAUGUCAGACAUGCUGUCAAGAUGGUUUGAAGAAGCUAGUGAAGUUGCACAAAGCAAUCGAGGACGAGGAAGAUCACGGUCCAGAGGUGGGGCUAACCGGACAGAUGCUCCUGCUACUAAUAAUGUGCCACCUAGUACAGAAUCAGAAACUGCAAUGGAAGUAGAUGGUUCUGAACAACUUCCAUCAUCUUCCUCUUCUACAAUGUCAGCCCAAGCUCCUUCAACAUCGUCUUCAACAGAAAGUCCCCCUUCGACUUCAUUAUUGUCCUCUCCUGAUAAUGAACAAAGGCCUUCUUUAGGGGCCUCAGCUCAGCCUCUGCUCCAUCAGUCUGAGUUAAUGGGACCUGAGUUAGCUAUAAUCCGUAGGGGUCUACAGCGACUGAGGCUUAAGAAGGCAGAACAACAGAGACAGCGAGAGCUAGCUGAGGGUUCAGCGCCACAGUCAUCCUCCUCUGAUCAGUCCUCCUCUAAGGGCUCCUCACAGGACCCUCAGACAUCAGGUUGUCAUUUGUCAAG